AUCGGUUCGCCUCGUUCAGCCAGCCAGCCAGCCAGCAGUUAAUGUGACCCGUCCCCUUUAAGAUGAUGUCAGAAAUAAUAAUUUAAUAUUGAAUUUCUUUGUUUCAUGUCGGCGGACAUAUACUUCGGUCGAGCAACAAUGUUAGAAAUCAGGGACGGUAGAAGUCGAGCAUCAACCUGUCUGCCAAUACAGCAAAACGGAUUGCUUCCUAAAGUAGGUUUCAGUGGGUGUCAAUGUUGAAGCUCUGCGUUAUCUUCUCUGACAGGACUUUUAGUUUCCAGUGCUUCAUAUAACACCACCCCGGGACAGAAGCCUAUAUAUCACAGGAUGGAAUAAUAGCCAAAGCCGACAGUGAGAAGACGCAAAGGAAGAGUUGAGAUAAUUGCGGUGAAAUUUCAACUCAAUUCGGAAUUGUUCCCUUUAUCCCCUUCAAUGUUUUGGAUUUACCAAAACGGACGUUCGGAAGUGACAAUGGGCAAUCGUUAACCCAGUGGAUUUAUUAUAAUAUCCGACGACUAUAAUAAUACUGGAAAGGGAUAUUCCCCAUAUUUCCCAGUCCAUCUAAGAAGUGACCACAUCCUCUCUGGUCCUCAGUCAUGACAUCACCUGAGUCCCCCCUCCCCUCCCCUCCCCCCUGUCCUCCUCCCACUUCCUCCCUCCCCUCGUCUCCCACUCCCUCCUCUCCCACUCCCUCCUCCUCCCUCCCACAUCCCCCCUCCCUGCCUCCCACAGGGGAGGUGAUGGUCCUGGCCCUGGGGAGGAAGAAGCAGAGGAUGCUCAUCGGUCUCUCCAUCCUGCCCAAUCUCUUCCUGGCCUUCCUUCUCUCCUCGGACGCCCUGCUUACCCUCACCUCACCCCACCACUGCCGCCUCCCGGGACCCUUGCCUGCCGCCCAGAUCCUUAACGUGUCCCUGCCCUGGGAGAAGGGGGACAGAGUGGGGGACAGCGGGGGGCUGUCUCAGUGCAAGCAGUAUAUCAACGGUACCCAGUCCGGGGUGGAAAACUGUGAAGCUGGCUGGGACUACAAUGUCACAGAAGGAUUGAGGAUUAACAUUGUUACUGAGUGGGAUUUGGUGUGUGGUCAGUACUGGCUGGUCCCAGUCGAAGAGGUGUCCUUCAUCCUGGGCGUUCUGACAGGAUGCCUGGGACUGGGCUUUGCAGCUGACAGACUGGGCAGGUUGAAGACACUACUCACCUCUCUGACCCUCUCAGUGGUAUUUGGCGUGCUUGUGUGCGUUUCUACCGCUCCCCCAUUCUUUAUUGCCAUGCGUUUUUGCCUGGCUGCUGCUAGCGCCGGUGUCUACCUCACGCUUUACAUCACACGUCUUGAACUCUGUGACCCCUCACUACGUCUGUUAGUCACCAUGGUGGCAGGACUAACGACAGUUGCUGGGGAGCUGCUGUUGCUGGGUUUUGCUCUGGGUUACCAGUCCUGGAGAGGUUUACUUGGAACUGGGGCUGCACCACUCUCUCUGUUCCUCACCUAUGGUAUCCCAGGAGUAUUUCCUGAGUCUCCUCGCUGGCUCCUCCUCUCCGAGAGAUCUGCUGAUCUGAAUUCCUUCAGUGAAAGAAGAGAUAGAGGGAGGGAUGACGAGAGCUUCACAGAGCUGGACUCUGAGCUAUCUCCCUCUACUCGCCCACAUCUGUCCUUCCCAGAGCUCGUACACAGCAGGAACAUCUGGAAAAACAUAUGUGUGCUCGGCUUCACCUCGUUCAUUUCCCAUGGCAUUAGUCACUGUUACAGCUCGUUCCGCGGUGAUGUCAGAGGCACUGCCCCCAGCUUCUAUUGGACCUAUCUGCUGUCUGUCUGUGCGGGAGGAGGGGCCUGGCUGUUGUUAUGGGCAACCGUGAACAGGUGUGGUCGACGUGGUAUCCUGCUCCUCGCCAUGACGAUGACAGGGCUGGCAUCUCUGAUUCUCCUCGGACUGAUGGAGUAUCUAAGUGAGGCGGCCAUCACUGUGUUCUCAGUGAUGGGUCUCUUCUCCUCCCAGGCGGCUGCCUCUCUCUGUGUCCUCUUCACAGCAGAGAUCAUGCCCACCAUCAUCAGGGGCAUUGGCGUGGGCACGGUGUUGGCCCUGGGCUGUGUGGGUCGGCUCACCUCGCCGCUCAUGGACCUGCGCAACCACUACGGCUACUUCCUUCACCACGUGGUGUACUCCUCCCUGGCUCUGCUGGCCGUGCUCUCCAUCCUGCUGCUGCCCGAGAGCAAGAGGAAACCGCUGCCCCAGACGCUGGCCGACGGGGAGCAGUACCGGCGCCCCUCGCUGGGCCGGAGGAGGAGGGACAACGUGCCCCUGCUGGCCACCCCCAACCCAGAGACCUAGCAUGUCAUAACGCCAGCCCAGAGUGUCAGCAGGUCACGGAGAGGAAGAUGGUGAGGGAGAAGAGGGUCAGCUGUCUGCUGAAGAUGGUUGUGCUGAGCCAAUGAAGGAGGGUGGUUGAAGGGACCCACACCUCCCCUCACCUUUCCCAGGCCUGUGUGUCAGGAAAGGGAGCAGAUGCGUUCUGCCCGUGCUCCUGUCUGCCACCAUCAGAGAGGCCCUUUUGAUAGGUGUAUUAUCUGGCAGAGUAUGGCAUCACACACUGUUCACUGAGGUAGAGGCAUGUAUGCUAUGGAAACGGUCCUGUAAAUACCUACAACGUAGUUUCUUUAACUUCAUGAAUGCUAGGUUAUCUAUUUAUAAAAAAAAGUUUUGUGACUGGAAGUUUUUGGAAGGGUACUUUGUAUUGUCGAAAAGCAUCGUACUAAGACGAGAUGAGGGCAAUUUUGUCUACUGCUCUUAAAGACAUUGGGGGUGUUACGGCUUUCUUCCGUUGAAGGAGAGUCGGACCAAAAUGCAGCGUGGUUAUUACGAUACAUCUUUAAUGAAGAUGACACAUGAAAAUACAAAACAACAAACGGAACGUGAAAACCUAUACAGCCUAUCUGGUGAAAUACAAAACACUGACACAGGAACAAUCACCCACGAAAUACUCAAAGAAUAAGGCUGCCGAAAUAUGGUUCCCAAACAGAGACAACGAAAAUCACCUGACUCUGAUUGAGAACCGCCUCAGGCAGCCAUAGACUAUGCUAGACACCCCACAAAACCCCAUGACAAAAACGCACCACAAUAACCCAUGUCACACCCUGGCCU